AUGUCCGCCCGCCGAGCGUCAAAACGUCAGCGGAGGCUUGUAGUCCUCUCUUCGGACGACGAAGGGACUAAUCAUAACAUUGAAAACCGUGAGAUUCUAGAAGAGGGGGAGAAAAGGGCUGACAGUGAUUAUGUCGAGCCUGGACCGCAGAGUGAUAUACAAUUGGGCGGGAGCAUAAACCGGGGGAUGAAGAGAAAGAUCACACCCUUGCUAAAAGAGACUGCUGCGUCCACACCGAGGACAGAAGCGUCUACGACUACGGCUACAGCUGCCUCUACUACCAAGUUGAGUACGACUACACUCCCUUCACGUUUGUCCAAAACGCCGAAACGAACCCAGAAACGAACCCAGAAGCUAUCAAGCUCGCCGCAGAAGAAACUGAGUCAGCCACGCUCCUUACAGACAACGCCCGGCUCAUCACCUGAGAAGAAGAGGGGGAAGAAAGCCCAUAGGCUCUCAGAAGAACCUUCGAAAUCUUUACAUUCAUUUUUUGCAAGAGCCACGGAGGAGGAGAGGUGGAGUUGCAAGAAGGAUAGCGUGGGCCUGGGUGCGGGCGUGGGGAGUAGUAUUACCGAGGAAACAGAUAUGGUGGAAGAAAUUGAGGAUGAUGAAGAGGAGGAAAUUGAGGAUCUCAUUGAGGAUGAUUCCUAUGAUGAGUUAUUUACGAGGCAUGUUCUCAGUAGUGGUAGUGCGGAACUGGCGCAGGGGGAUAACAACAAGGCAGGUUCGCCGCUGGAUCGGAGGAAAGUGAAAGAUAUGAAGGUUGCGCAGCAGAUAAACAAAGCGAAGCUUACGAGCAGGCCUGGGAAGCGAUUUUUACUGCCUGGGAGUUCUGCAGCUGGAUCUGGGACUACGAGUGUGAAUGGAGAUGAACUAGGUUGGGCCUGCGAGUUACAUUCAUCUACUAAAUUGGCCGCGCAGGGAAUGCGGUCAUGGGCGGAGGAGUAUGCGCCAGCAAAUCUCGAUGAGUUGGUGGUUAAUAAAAGAAAGGUUUCGGAUGUGCAAAGGUGGUUGGUAGAUGUGUUCGGUGGGAAGAGCAAACAAAGAGUUCUUGUGCUCAGGGGCCCAGCCGGAAGCGGGAAAUCAACCACGAUAUCGCUACUUUCUAAGGCCCUUGGGUUUGAGAUAGUAGAGUGGAAAAAUCCCUUAGGCUCUGAGUAUUCGUCUCAAGGAUAUGUAUCCAUGGGGGCACAAUUCGAAGAUUUUCUUGGAAGAAGCGAUAAAUUUGGGAGCCUUUCUUUGAGCGGUGAUGGACACGAGCCGCAGCUGCUUGUAGCAAAUGGGGAGGCGGAUUACUUCAAUUCUAGUACUGGGGAAAAGAGACGUGCGGUCCUCGUUGAAGAGUUCCCGAGUUCCUUGAGCCAAGGUUCAUCCGGUUUGCGAGCGUUCAGACACGCUAUACAGAGUUAUUUGGCGACAUCCGCUCCUCGGCAAUCGCUCUACAGCAAACUCAGUCAGGAUACUACGAUAUCAAGCACGCCUCUGAUUAUAAUCGUCUCAGAAACUAUGCUGGGCUCCGGAGGUAUUUCCUCUGACAGCUUUACGGUACAUAGGUUGCUGGGCCCUGAACUUUCAAACCAUCAUAGAGUGAGCAUUGUCGAUUUUAACAGGAUAGCGCCGACCUUCAUGGCGAAAGCGAUCGACCUAGUUCUGAAAAAGGAAGCUCGUCGAUCAAAGAGAAGGCGAAUCCCCGGACCCGAGGUUCUAAAGGCAUUCACAGACAUGGGGGAUAUAAGAUGUGCGAUUUCCGCGUUGGAGUUUAUGUGUUUGCGAGGUGAUGACGAUGCAGGAUGGAGCGGGACUGUUGCCGGUCGGAUGAAGAGGUCUAGUAACGGGGGUAUUCCUCUUACGACUAUGGAAAAAGAGUCAAUGGAAAUGGUCACUCAAAGGGAAGCGAGCCUGGGCAUCUUCCACGCGGUGGGUAAGGUGGUGUACAAUAAACGUGAAGAUCCUAUGAUUUCGCAACGGGUGAACGCUAAGCUUCCUCAGCCUCCACGACAUCUGCAGCAUCAUGCCCGACCGAAGGCUUCCCUAGUUUCAAUCGAUGAUUUGAUCAAUGAGACCGGAACAGACCUCGAAACAUUUAUUUCAGCCCUGCACGAAAACUAUUUAUUAUCUUGCACCGGCCCCGCAUUCGCUGAGCACUUUGAAAAGUGCAUUUCAAACCUAUCCGAAACGGACAUUUUGGGGCCUGGACGUCGAUUUCACAACGUGCAGACAAGUCGAGGUGGAGCUGGCUCGGCGCGUUCCUCCUUCCAAGGGUAUGGCUCUAGCAUCGACAUGCUCCGCCAAGAUGAAAUCAGUUUUCAAGUGGCUGUACGGGGAUUGCUAUUCUCUUUGCCUUUCCCUGUAAAGAGGAAGGCUCCGCGCGGUACUCGGGCAAGCGACGCCCAUAAGAUGUUCUUCCCAACCUCGAUGAGACUUUGGAGGCAAACAGAAGAACUAGACAGCUUGCUGGGCCUGUGGAUGCGUCGGCUCACGGAUCCCACCAUGGGGCUUUCCCCAGGAACGCCUAUCCCACGACUAGACGGUGUGGAAUCGUGGAAGAAUCAUCGCUGGAUGCCUGGAUCUUCCAAUCACAACCAUAACCACGAGUCUGCCACGGACACAUCUACGUAUCCGUCGCAGGCGGCUCGAGCAAUGACCUCUCGCGACGAAGUUCUUCUCGAGCGUCUACCGUACUUGAGCCUAAUAUCCAGAAACCCAGUCGAAUGUAGGGAGUUGGAAAAACUUACACAAUUCCGUGGAGUUGGUGGGCAGAGCGAGGAAGAGCUUAUCGAUGGCGAUUUGGAAGAUAGCCCGUGCGGUGGGGGUGCUACGAUGGACCCAUGGAGUGCCCCUGCGGAUAAGGAUGUGUUUUCGCCGCAGAAGCGGAGACAGGGAAGCAAGUUGGGCCAGAUGCCUUUGAGCAAGUCGUUUGGGUCCCAACUCAUACUUCCGGUCCAAGAUGCUGUUGAGAAGUUGAUUCUUAGCGACGAUGAUAUCGAGGAUGAUUGA